UGCUGUGGAGUGUGGAACUCAUGGCGCCCUAAUUUAAGCCCCAGGCGGCGGAUUUGUAAAUGUGAUGGGUUCAUUUGUCAGCAUAGCUCGAAACCUUUUAUCGUCUUCCUUUUUAUUCGCAUCCAGCCGCGACUAAAACCAUACAGAAUGUUGAUUCGCGGCCAUUGUCGAACAAUAUCACCCAACAAUUAUUUACGUCUUCGACGUCUGUGUUCAAAAGCUUAUAAAAAAUGACUUUUUACAUGUUAACCCAAUUCAAGCUUAUAACUACUAAGCAACACUCUCACUCUGGGGAGACUCCAAAACGAUGCCGUUUUGGGCCCCACUCAAGUCAAGCCUCUCCACCAAGCUCCUCAACAUAACCGUCUCCUCUCUCUGCAAAGCGAAGCAAAUCCCCAAUGCCGAAACGGCAAUCGUCGACGGCAUACGACUCGGCGUGCUCCCCGACGUGGUCACCUACAACACCCUAAUCGAUGCGUACUGUCGUUUCGCCACCCUUGAUGUCGCUUACUCCGUUCUCGCGCGAAUGCACGACGCCGGCAUUCCCCCUGACGUUGUUUCAUUCAAUACCCUAAUCUCCGGCGCUGUGAGAAAGUCUCUGUUCUCGAAGUCCCUCGACCUGUUCGACGAAAUGCUCAAACGAGGCAUCAACCCCGACGCAUGGAGCCACAACAUUCUAAUGAACUGUUUAUUCCAAUUGGGAAAGCCCGACGAGGCGAAUCGCGUUUUUAAAGAAAUCGUGCUUCGCGACGAGGUCCACCCCGCUACAUACAACAUUAUGAUUAAUGGCUUGUGCAAGAACGGUUACGUAGGGAAUGCUUUGAGCUUGUUCAGGAAUUUGCAGAGGCAUGGUUUCGUGCCGCAGGUUUUGACGUACAACGCGCUUAUUAACGGGCUCUGCAAGGCGAGGAGGCUGAAGGACGCGAGGAGAGUGCUGAAGGAGUUCGGAGAGACCGGCAACGAGCCCAACGCGGUUACUUAUACCACCGUCAUGACGUGCUGUUUCCGGUGCCGGUUAUUCGAGGAAGGGUUGGAGAUUUUGUCGGAGAUGAGAAGUUUGGGGUUUACUUUCGACGGAUUCGCGUAUUGCACGGUGAUCGCGGCGAUGAUCAAGACUGGCCGGAUGCAGGAGGCCGAGGAGAUUGUUGAGAUGAUGGUGAGUUCCGGCGUGAGGCCGGAUCUUGUGUCGUAUAAUACUUUGAUUAAUCUUUAUUGCAGGCAGGGGAGGCUUGAUGAUGCUUUGAGGUUGUUGGAUGAGAUUGAGGGGGAAGGCUUGGAGUGUGAUCAGUAUACACAUACUAUUAUUGUUGAUGGAUUGUGUAAGGCUGGUAAUUUUGAUGGGGCUCAGAGGCAUUUGAAUUAUAUGAAUUCGUUGGGUUUUGGAUCCAAUUUGGUUGCGUUUAAUUGUUUUCUCGAUGGUUUGGGGAAGGCCGGGCAUAUUGAUCAUGCUUUGAGAUUGUUUGAGGUGAUGGAGGUGAAGGAUUCUUUUACUUAUACUAUAGUGGUGCACAACCUUUGUAGGGCGAGGCGGUUCCUUUGCGCAUCCAAGGUUUUGGUUUCAUGUUUGAAGUGUGGGUAUCAAGUGUUGAGGGCCACUCAGCGGGCGGUUAUUGUUGGUCUCCGGAGUAUUGGGUAUGCAAAUGAGGCGAGGAAGGUUAAGUUGACGAUCAGAUUGGCACAGUUUGUGCCUUGAUUGUGUGGUGGUUUCUGAGGGGAAGAUUGAACAUGUGGUAUUUAUUGGGGAGACCUUUGGUUAGGCUGAAGUCAGUGAACCAAAGAGAAUGGAACUCGGAUCUGAGUGUCUUGUGAUUGAUGAUUGGCAAUUCGGCAUAACUGUCGUUGCAAGGGAGACUAUUAUCGUCAUGCUGCAAGACAUUUGGGAAAAAGGAGGAGGAAGUGAAGGAAAGUAUGAAGAUAGCAGAAUGCUUCAGAUAAGAGGAGAGGGGGAUAAGAAUUUCUUAAUUUCUGAAACAAGUGCAUGGCAAGGAUGAGAGCUAGGACAACAAUUCAGAAUAAGCUGCACUGCCACAUUAGAAUCAGACUCCACCUCAAUACUACGAAAUCCAUGCUGAUGGGCCACUCUUAAUCUGUGGAGGCCCAAAGUUCUGCGAUAUUGAUUGUGCACGAAUCCGGAGUAGUAGUAAAACCAAUCACAAAGUUUCCAUGGGAAUCACGAACCACUCCCCCAGCACUAACCUUUAAGGAGUUGCAAUUCACAGCCCCAUCAUAGUUCAACUUAAACAAACCUUCAGGAGGCGGACUCCACCUAAUUCCAUUUGGAUAAGACGUGAUCUCUUCCAUGAGACGAAGAAUAACCAUCAAGGCUCCAUCGCUCUAUCCAAACUAUUCAUUAAGAAAUGAACCUGCUAUACUACACCAUUGGCUGCUAACCAAUUUUUAUUAAAAACAAAAUUGUUACAUUGCACCCCUAACUUAUCAAGCAUAACCGUAAAAUGUCUUGACCAACUAUCCACAUCCUCAUGUUGACUCUUCUUCAGAUUCUCUUCUAACCAAAUCAGAGGACAAUCUGGCAAGAAAAAAACAGGAUCUACAUGAUCUAUAAUGUUAUGCCAACCUCCUUUUGCUUAAUUUGGGCAAUUGGCUUUGUUCUUACUCAUUGUUGUUUAUAUUUUGCGUUAGAUUAUUCUCAGAGUUUUGUGUUUUGUUAAUUUGAAAGGGAGUUGGUCAAUAUGCACAUAUCCUAUCAGUUGUAUGCAUUCUUAUCCUGCAUUAGAAUAUCCAUAUCCUAAAUUCUUCUAAAAUUUGCGUAUGGCUCUGUUUGUUUAAAGCUUUGUUUAGCAAUGGAGCAUAAGCUUCAAGUCUUUAUUUAUGCUUUUAACCAACUUUUGUGUUCUAUUUCUUUGCCUUUAAGAAAAAUUUGGGUGUCAUUUCCUAUAAUCCUUACGUGGGGAAUACAACCAAUUGACUGUCAUUAAUUGGAAGUAAAAAAAAACUGUGGAUUACUGAAUUUGCUUUGGUUGUUUUCAUAUUUUAACAAGUAGCUCAUGUCAAUGCUUGCAAUUUUUUCUUUCGCCAGGGCUUUGUUAAAAUUGACAGGGAUGAUUCCAGCCUACCUCUGGUUACAUCUCCUAUCAGACAUGCCACCCAGGUAUGCUGACACAUAAUUGAAAAUGGAAACUAUAAAAUUACUGCCUUUGGAAGCCCCUAAUGUGUAUAGGGAGUGAAUUCCAUUAUGUUGCUCUGUUUUCUCACGUCUUGUCACUAGUUUUAAAAACUAGGAUGAACUGGAAGAAAGGGAAUCACCAAUUCAUAAAGUUUUUGAUGCUGAAGAUCUGAGUGGAGGGGGUGGUUUGAUCACUGAAGAGUUUUGCCAAGUUUAGUGAGAAACAGAUGUCAAACUUCCACAACAGAAAUUUGAGCACCUUUGCAGUUCAGCCUUCAUUUCUGGCAAGUCAUUUUGGAUCUAGAUGGGAUAGGAAUGCUCUAUCAGAUCUAAAUGGCGGUCAAGUACAUUCUUGGGGUGAAACUCCAUGACAAAGAGCCAGACUCAGUUUCAGUUGCCCCAUAGCUGGAAGCUUAAGGAAUCUAUGGCAAAUGUGACAUUCCUCUGCUUCUAGUUCAAAUGAAUCUUAUAUGCACCUUUGGUAGAAUGCAUAAGGACGUGCUAGUGAUUGGUGAGUGCUUUCUGCUGGGGAGCUGAAAGAUUUACAUAGUUGUAUGCUAAGGAUGAACGACUCUCAAAAAAGAAUCCUUUUUUUUUCUUUUUGAUAGCUAAAGUUCUUCUAUUUCUCUCCCAAUUAAUAACCCUUCGGCUGUAUUUGGGUAGGAAAUUUGAAGUAUUGGGAUAUUUAAUUGCAUCAACACAAGAAAAAUUCAGCUAUUUUGUUUUACUA